UCGACCGCCACCGUCCUCGACACUUUCGAGUGUUUCUAUCUGCCUUGACAUCUCUCGUUGAUCUACAAAUAUGGCAACUAGGAGAAGAGUCGGCUUCAGCACAUCUACGUCUGAGGCGUCGCGCCGACAGCUCAUGCAACCUGUUCCAUGCUGGGAGAAAGUAUGGGGUCCUCCGGACGGCGCGCCCCCAGGCACGACUCUCCGCGUGUACAAGUGGGUGAAGACGGACAAGAAACAGCAAUUCAGCGACGACGAAGGCGAGGCAGACCAGCCGCUCGCGCCCAUCCAGCCCGAAGAGCUCGUCGAGGUCGUCGAGGGCGACGACGACAUGGACCAGGACGACGCGGCGAACUCGAACGUGCCCGAGACCACGUCCGGCCUCGUGUCGCGCGACGUCUCUGAGCCGGCCCCGGUCCGACCCAAGGACGGGUCCGGGGACACGAGCGCGCCCCAGUCCAAACCCGCCUCGCCCAAGCCCCAUCCCCUGUCGAUAUCCUUCCAACCCCCCACACCGACGCCCGCCCCCGAAGACGUCGACGACGGGCUGCAGGACGCGCUCCUGCCCCCAGAGACCGGCGGGGACGAGGACGGAGCCCUGGACGAGGGCGGGUUGGACGUAGGACCGCUGGAUGGAGGUGUAGACGUGGACGUGGGCGCUAUAGGCGGGGACGAGGGUAUGAGUCUGGAUAUGGGUGGUAUCGGACCGGACGGAGAGCAGUUUGAGGGUGCGGAUGACUUGUCGCAGCUGCAGUCCACGGAUGCGUUGCUAGGAGGACCUCUCAUGGAUGAGAAUAUGGAGGAUCCUUUCGCAGUUCCGCCGUCAUAGUCGCAUGCCUUUGGGAUAUGGAAGGGUCUGGAUGCGGGCGUACAAUGUACCAGUACGUGUUGACCGUUCGUUGUCCUUCUGUGCUAUGCAUGUUGUUUUGGCUAUUCGG